AUGGAUACCAGGCUGUUGGGUGUAAGAGUGACCCUGCUCCUCUGGGGCUGGAUAAGGCCAUACCAAGUGACAGCUCUUUCUGACCCCUGGGCCCAGUGUCCCUCCAAAGUCUGCAAGGAAAAAUUUGCAGAUGGAUCAUGUGAGAAGUGGUGUGCCACUCCCGAGUGUCUGAUGGACGGGUUCGACUGCCUGGCAGAGAAGAGACCCUGCGAGUACAUUGACUACUGCAGGGAUCACUAUGCCAACUCACACUGCGAGCAGGGGUGCAACCGUGCACCCUGUGGCUGGGACGGGAGCGACUGCUUUCUCAGCCAGGCCCCAACAUGGGCAAAGGGCACCCUGCUCAUCCACACCAAAAUUUUAUCUCAGGACGUCCCAGCGCAGAACAGGUCCCUGCUUUGGGCCCUCAGCACCAUCCUCCAAACUACGGUUACACUGCGUGGUGUUGCGCCCUUUGACCUCAGUCUGUUUGCCCUCCAACCUAACGACCUGCGUGAUCUGUUAACACAGAAGUCCACAUACAGAGCCAAUGGCUCGCUGCUCUUCCUCCAAGUGGACAACAGGCCGUGCUCCUCCGCCGCGUCGACCUGCUUCCCGUCUGCAACGCAGGCCGGCAACUUCCUGCGGACCGCGAAGGAAAAGAGUAAAUUGCCGCCUUCCUCCCUGCAGGAACUACAAAAUGUCUACGAAGUGCGAGGAGUAGAAGAGGAAUUGGGGGACCGAGAGAAUUACCAAAUAUCCCAUUCGUGGCUGUGGCCAGUAGUUGGAGUGACAGUUGGGCUCUUUCUGGCUCUUGUCCUGCUGGUUGCCGUGGCAAUAAGACGGAUGCGGCGAAGAACACAGGAGAGGGCGGGAGGGGGCAGAGUGCAACAUGUAUCUACGGUAACUGAGACUAACCACACGGGUCAGCCAUGGACACUGCACACGCCACACCGUGGGGAGCGCAUGAAAAAGAAGGAGAAAGAGAAGAAUGGGAAGAAAAAGAAGAAGAAAGCGAAAGACUCCGGCAAGAGGCGCAGCGAGCCGCUGGGAGAGGAUGCCAUUCGACUACGGCCCCUCCGAAAGGAAGUCGAUAUUGGAAGUGACACAGAUAUUACGCAGAGCUCCAUGGAGGACAUCAACUCAAUCCGUGACCACCGGCCUCAGGAGCAGAAACAUUUCCGGGUCGCGGCCAGUCAGCUGCAGUCACCUAGUCAGGUUCCAUCAAGAAGGUGGGAAAGAAAUUCAACCCCACCGCACAACAGACCUCCUAACAAUUCUGCCCCAGUCCAGUGGUGUGGUCCGGAUGGAUCCGUGGUUCUAAUCCGUGCAGUUAGGAGCGGCCUGGACCGGGUGGUACUGGAGCUGCUGAGAGCCGGGGUACCAGUCAACAACACCGACCACACCGGGAGGUCUGCCCUUCACUGGGCAUGUUCAGUCAAUAACCUCUCCCUGGCUCGGACCCUCGUUCGCUACGGCGCGCUAGUGGACUUGCAGGAUUACAAGGGUGAGACUGCUCUGUUUCUCUCUGCCAUCUAUGGCUGCUACGACACUGCCAGGUUCCUCCUCCUCCAUGGGGCAAACUCCCAUUUGCCUGACAGGCGAGGUCGGCGCCCGCUGGACGUUGCACGCGAGGGGUUUCAUCAGCAGGUCCUGGAACUCCUGUUGGCUCACAGGCCUCAAAGGGCACCUACCUUGAUGAACCCUGGCAAUGACGUGCAAUGGAGCGAUCCAGCCUUCCCGUACGACCAAUGGCUUCCGGCACCUGGUCUUCCUGGGAGAAGCGCCUCCUUUUCCGGGGUCAUUGGUUACAGGGAGACGUCGCCGCCUCACCCCAGUGAAUGGUCGGUGGGGAGAGGACGAUGCGUCUCCCCUCAGCAUUGGCGCCCCCAGCCAAACCAGUCAGCUACAGCACUGGUCUCUCCCAGAAUCCUCGCCCGUCCAUCUCGUCCCAUCAGCACCUUACAGGAGGUCACCUCAGAGGCUGAGGAGGAGGAGAGGGAAAGGCCAGUGGAAUCUGGCCGGGCAGCCACGCCCCACCUAAUGUCCCCUCAGCCAGCACCCAGGCAGCGGUCCUUCUCGUGCACGCAGCAUGCCCUGCAGCGCCGCUCCACCCUAAAUCAGGUAGAGAGCUCCGUGGCAUCAGCGCCAGCGAAGGCAGCCAGCGAGCAGGUAGACAGAAUAACGUCGGUCCCUGCAGGAAGAGCCUCGAGCCAUUCGGAGACCAAGCCUGCCGACCUUCCAGCAAAGGCGCAGUCGGACUCCGAGACAAGAAGCGGUUGGAACUGUGUCCAGAAAGCAGAGAUCGAGGGGGCAAACUAUAACGCAGCAAAUUCCGAGCCCUCUACCCAAACUGUCCUGUGA